CUCUUUCUUUUUUGGUUUUUUAGGAAUUUUUUCUGCUUCUAUACGAGUACGUGCAAUCUGUUACGUUUUUACACGGUCGAUAAUAUAGUUCGGAUUCGAUGUCACGUGGUAUGAGAAGUCGCCAUUAAUUUUCACGUGGUCAACGUGUAGUCUUGCAUCUUAUUAAUUGAUACAUCAGACGUUAACCUCUUCUUCUUCUUUUUCUUUCGUCGUUUUGUGCGUUAUUUUCUUUCAUUUUCUUUAUUCUUUUCCUUUUCUCUUGUUAAUUUCGUUUCGUGCUAGAAUGACGCGAUGUGGAAAAUUGUUUCGAAGGGGAAAAAAGAAGAACUGUGUGAAUUUGUCAAGAAAGAAGAAGCAAAAGAUCCGGCUUAACGUUGAGAAAGAUAAGAUAAAUUAACGAGAGUUAGGAGGGAGACGUUCUUUUACAUAAACUCUAUUACAUGAUUAUUUAUCUUUACGUGAUCAAAAGUUAGGAAUGCAUAUGGAACGAGUAGUUUUACCAGAUGACUGGUUUAUACCUGAAACCAUUCAAAAACAAUCUUUCCGAGACCCUUGGAAAAUGAUUGGAAGAGAAUUAUUACGCGUGAAGGUCAGAGGAAAACCCGAGGAUAAUCUCGAUCCUAAUCCAAAAGAACGUGAAAUUCUUCGUAUCAGAACUGGAAAAUCUGAAUACGAAGAUGCGAUUGGUAAAACAGGAGAUUUUGUUAUGAAAGAAAAACCUUAUGGCCUACCAUUACCGAUCGAGCCGGUCGCCAUAUUUUCUGCAAAAGAUGAUCCUGAUAAGAAAUCCGAGUGUUCUAUUAUAUUAGCCUCCAAAAAUAUAGCAUUACCUUCGAAUGUAUUUUGAUUAUUAAUUUUUCAGACGAAAAAUUAGUUUUUCGUUCAAAUGUACAAGUAAAUUUAACAUUAUGGAUCAACGAUCGAUCGAUCGAUCGAUCGAU